UUGCUUAUUGUGCAGUGGGAGGGAGAGCGUUAGGGAUAGAGUGAAAAUUGUUGGACAUUUUUGUCAAAAUAAAAAAGGGGAACAAAACCUUGAUUGCUGAAAGCCUAAGUAUAGAAAAAUGUGGAAUCCAGAUUACCUGCCUUUGCCAGACGUCUCUCUUUGACAAGCAGAGAACAGCCUUGUGUUUCCACAUCAAAGGAGUACUCAUAGUGGGAUUGCAACCCCCCUUUUCAGCAUGCCUUGAGGUUUGGCCUGACUUGGUUGCCAGGGUGACUAGACAGCAGUGCAGUCAGCACACACAUUUUCACUGAACAAGAUUCAUGAAAUCAGACGGCUUUUAUUCAACGGUGUAACUCGGUCCCCCUGCAGAUAAGUAAGAGGGUCCUGCACGACCAAUCCCUGCUCCCGCCCCCUCCUUUCGGCCGACCGUGCCAUUAUAUUUAAGAAAUCAAUUUGAAGAAUAAUAUGAGAAAUUUCUUCAUACAAUGACUACUGUACGGCAAAGAAAGAGAACAAAUGCUUUAGAACAAAAUCAGAUUAACUCACACACUGAGAAAAACACAAAGCCAAACAUCAAAGAGGUUUCUGGUCCAACAACAUGGGGAAUUCUCAGUCAUAUUAUUGGAGCAAUGAUGGCAAUAGCUCUUGGGCUCUUAACAUCAUAUUAUGUUGCUACGCUACAUGAAAAUGAUUUAUGGUUCUCAAAUAUUAAGGAUGUUGAAAGAGAGAUAUCUUUCAGGACAGAAUGUGGCUUAUAUUAUUCAUACUACAAACAGAUGCUUCUUGCACCAUCUAUCAAACAAGGCAUUAUUGAUUUAAUUUAUGACAAUAAAACAGAAUCUAUGAGAACAAUUAAUAUUCUACAGAGAAUGAAUGUGUACCAGGAGGUUGUCCUUGCCACUAUUUACAGAUACCUGCCUUUUUGGAAUUAUUUGGAGCCAGUUUACUUCUACAUUUACACUCUGUUUGGGCUUCAAACCUUGUAUGUAAGUGCUCUCUACAUUAACAGCUGGUUGCUCAGUAGAACGUGGCUUUCUGGGUUAUUAACAGCAAUAUGGUACAUUUUUAACAGGGUUGAUACUACAAGAGUUGAGUUUACAAUACCUUUAAGAGAGAAUUGGGCACUGCCAUUUUUUGCUGUUCAAAUAGCUGGAAUUACCUAUCUGCUCAGACCUAAUUUAACAGCUCUUAAGGAAAGAAUGGCCUUGAGUGUGGUGUUUAUUUCAACUUUCAUCUUUAGCAUCACUUGGCAGUUCAACCAGUUUGUAUUGCUUCUCCAAGCACUCGUCCUGUUUGCUCUUGAUUGUUCAGACAUGAUUCCUGCCAUAAAGGUAGCAAAACUGUACUUGAUACAAGUGACAUGCCUGCUGGCGGUUUGUGUGCUGCAGUUUAAUAAUACCAUGAUUCUGGGAUCCCUUGUUCUCAGCUUUGUUAUAGCAGCAAUGCUAGUAAGAAGACUUCAGAGAAACCUAAAAAGGGGAGAUCUUCUGAGGAGACUUUGUAAUCUCACAAUUCACAUACUCCUGGUUCUCUUUUUAACUUGGCUCAUAAAUAAAACAACUAAGAAAUUGCUUAACCUGCAGUCAGAUGAACAUAUUUUCAAAUUUAUACAAGCUAAAAUAGGUUUUGGGAAAACAAGGGACUUUGAUGCCAGCCUCUACUUGUGUGAAGAAGCUUUCAGGCAACUUCCAUUUGAUACAUUUGGCAGAUUUUCUGAUACACUGUUAUUUUAUCCUUAUCUUUGUGUCCUCUUCAUCUUAACCAUGGCUGCCUUGGCAACUACGUUUAACAAUUUCAGUUCGUCAAAUCCAAAUAAUAUGGAGAAAGAGAAAAAGAAGCCAAUUUAUGUGAAACCUGAUGUGGCCUACAAUUUAAUGCAUACUAUUUUAUUUGGGUGCUUGGCUCUCAGCACAAUGAGAAUGAAGUAUCUUUGGACAUCACAUAUGUGUGUAUUUGCUUCAUUUGGACUGUGCAGUAUAGAAGUUUGGGGAAUGCUUUUGAAAUGCUUUCGUCUAUAUACAGCACAGAGGGCCAACAUUAUGAGAUAUUUUGUGUCCAUCGCUGUGAUAAUUUAUCUGCUCUUCAAGUUCUCGCCAAGAAUAAUGGAGGAGCUUUCUGAAUUGCGUGAAUUUUAUGAUCCUGAUACUGUGCAGUUAAUGAACUGGAUAAAGUUGAACACCCCAAAGAAUGCAGUAUUUGCUGGAAGCAUGCAGUUGCUAGCUGGAGUGAAACUUUGUACUGGGAGAGUUCUAACCAACCACCCACAUUAUGAGGAUAAGACACUCAGAGAAAGGACAAAACAGGUAUAUCAGAUAUAUGCAAAUAGGUCUCCUGAAGAUGUGCACAGUAUACUGAGGUCAUUUGGAACUGACUAUGCAAUCUUAGAGGACAGCAUAUGUUAUGAAAGACGACAUGGUAGAGGCUGCAGACUACGGGAUCUACUGGAUCUUGAUAAUGGACAUAUAAUGGAUGGUCCUGGAGAUAAUGACCCUGAUCUGAAGCCUUCACCUUCUCCCCGUUUUUGUGAUGAAAUCAAGAGAGAUCUGCCUUCCUACUCCAAAUACUUUACCAGAGUGUUUAAGAAUAAAACUUUUCAUGUGUACAGAUUAUCACGGAAAACAGCACUGAAGUAGCUUGUUCCUGUUAUAGACUAUUUGGCCAGUAUUUCCAUUUAAAUUCAGUGAGGCAUACAUUGUUUUCUUGUAUGUUUAUAGAUUCUGACCCAAUAACCAUUGACACAUCUGUGGCAGUAUUAUUUUUCUGUAUUGUGGUCAGAGCUGAGUAUUUUAUUGUGCUUUUUUUAGUGCAGUAUUUGAAUACAAAGUCAAUUGCUUUGGGGAGCUAAACUGAACAGUAUUACAUAUAGUUACACUGCCAGCAGUUUCUUAAUAUCCUGGUAAUUUGCAAUGAUACCUGUAUCCCUUUUAUAUAUGUAUUUUUUAAUAUUAUAUGUGUAACUUUUCAUUACACAUCACCAUAUUUCCUUCCUAUUGACUAAGGUGCCAAAUGGGGGCAGAGUUUCCCUCUGUUCCUGCUAAAAUAUCUUGUUUAACAGGGAUGUUAGAACUUUCUUACUGCUCUGAAAGAGUAGAACCUGUCAUGCUUACUGCCAUGCUGCAAAUGCUAGGUUUGCCAGUAUACGGCAGUAUUAUUAUAUUUUACGACGAGGAUGGUUGUUCAGAGAAACUGGUGUCAAGAUGAAAAUGUGUGAUUUUUCUUUUUUAUAUUUUCUUUAUAAUGCCUAUGGUGGAUUGAACAAAAUACAUGCACUGUGUUUAUAAUGUAUACUAUAACCCUUAUAUUUAUUUCUCUUUAUAACUUUAACACUGUGUCUGUACAUACAUGUAUGGAAAUAAUUUUCAAGCCAUACAAAAAGUACAUAAGAGCCCAUUUACACUGUUACAACCAGCUCUUAUAACUGACAGGGUUGUAGUUUUAAGGUUUACAAUUAAUAGUUGCAUUGUCUAGUAGAGAUUAAUGAGCAGAAAUUAAUUUUUAUCUAGGCCCCUCACAGAUGUACCCUGGGUUACAUUAUAUUUUGCACUUUUUACGUGGAGGGGUGCAUUUCUGGUGCUGAUGUGUCUAUUUCAAAAGACUUCCUUACCAAACAUGGCAGUGAGACUAGAUAUACAUGCUAAAUCACAGCGGUGAACAUCUUGCAAAACAACAAAGCAGCAAUAAAGCUUGUGUUAAUGAAACGGCAAUGGCAUAAUACAAAUUGGGUCAAUAAUGUUACAGUAGUAUUCUUUUAAUGUGGCCAUACAUGGGCAGAUUCAG